UUUUAACAUUUUUUUCUCCCCCCACUGUGGAAAAUGAUCGCCGCACAUCUUUUGGCGUAUUUCUUCGCCGAGUUAAAUCACGAUCAGGUACAGAAGGUGGAUAAGUACCUCUAUCACCUCCGCCUGUCCGAGGAGACGCUGCUGGAUGUCUCCAAGCGCUUCCUGAAGGAGAUGCACAAGGGCCUGGGCAGGGACACUAACGCCACAGCCACGAUCAAGAUGCUGCCCACGUUUGUGCGCUCCACCCCCGACGGCACGGAGAGCGGGGAGUUCCUGGCGCUGGAUCUGGGCGGGACGAAUUUCCGCGUGCUGCUGGUCAAGGUGUCGGACAACGGGAAGCAGAAGGUGGAGAUGGAGAAUCAGAUCUACGCCAUCCCGGAGGAUCUGAUGAGGGGCAGCGGCACGCAGCUCUUUGACCACAUCGCGGAAUGCCUGGCUAAUUUCUUGGAGAAACUGAACAUCAAGGAUAAGAAACUUCCUUUGGGAUUCACCUUCUCCUUCCCCUGCCAGCAAUCCAAGCUGGACGAGAGUAUCCUGGUCAGCUGGACGAAGGGAUUCAAGUCCAGCGGCGUGGAGGGGCGCGACGUGGUCACUCUGCUCAGGAAAGCCAUAAGUAAGAGAGGGGAUUUCGAUAUUGAUAUUGUCGCCGUGAUCAACGACACAGUUGGCACUAUGAUGACCUGCGGCUACGACGACCACGACUGUGAAAUCGGACUGAUUGUUGGCACUGGCACCAACGCCUGCUACAUGGAGGAGAUGCGCCACAUUGACCUGGUGGACGGGGACGAGGGGCGCAUGUGUGUCAACAUGGAGUGGGGCGCCUUCGGGGACGAUGGGGCGCUGGACGACAUCAGGACGGAGUUCGACCGCGAGAUCGACAUGGGCUCGCUGAACCCCGGCAAGCAGCUCUUUGAGAAGAUGAUCAGCGGGAUGUACAUGGGAGAGCUGGUCCGGCUCAUCCUGGUCAAGAUGGCGAAGGAGGACCAGCUGUUCGGAGGCAGGAUCACCCCCGACCUGCUGACCACCGGUCACUUCGAGACCAAGUUCGUCUCGGCCAUCGAGAAGGAGAAGGAGGGUCUGUCGAAGGCAGAGGAGAUCCUGUCCCGGCUGGGUCUGGAGCCGUCGGAGGAGGACUGCGUGGCGACGCAGCGGAUCUGCCAGAUCGUGUCCGAGCGCGCCGCUAACCUGUGCGCUGCCACGCUGGCCGCGGUGCUGGGGCAGAUCAAGGAGAACAAGGGCGUGGAGCGGCUCAAGAGCACAGUGGGGGUCGACGGCUCGGUCUACAAGAAGCACCCACAGUUCGCUCGGCAGCUGCAGAAGAUGGUGCGGCGCCUGGCUCCGGGCUGCGUGGUUCGUUUCCUGCGCUCGGAGGAUGGCAGCGGGAAGGGCGCCGCCAUGGUGACCGCCGUGGCGUACCGGUUGAUCAGUCAGAUGGAAGAGCGCCGGGCCACGCUGGACUCCUUCCGCCUGAGCAGGGAGCAGCUGGCCGGGGUGAAGCAGAGCAUGAGGGAGGAGAUGGAGAGGGGGCUGAGAAAGGAGACGCACGACACGGCCACGGUCAAGAUGCUGCCCACGUACGUGCGCUCCACACCCGACGGCACGGAAAAGGGUGAUUUCCUGGCUCUGGAUCUGGGCGGGACGAAUUUCCGCGUGCUGCUGGUGCGCGUGCGAAACGGGAAGAGGACCGUGGAAAUGCACAACAAGAUCUACUCCAUCCCACUGGAGGCCAUGCAAGGGACUGGAGAGGAGCUGUUUGACCACAUUGUCCACUGCAUCGCAGACUUCCUGGAGUACAUGGGGAUGAAGGGCCUGGCUCUGCCCAUGGGCUUCACCUUCUCCUUCCCCUGUCGGCAGAAGAGCCUGGACGAGGGUAUCUUGUUGAAGUGGACGAAGGGUUUCAAAGCAAUUGGCUGCGAGGGUGAAGAUGUGGUCCGUUUGCUCAAAGAUGCCAUUCAUCACAGAGAGGAGUUUGAUCUGGAUGUCGUCGCUGUCGUGAACGACACAGUUGGGACCAUGAUGACCUGCGGCUAUGAGGAUCCGUGCUGUGAAGUUGGGCUCAUCGUAGGCACCGGCAGUAAUGCCUGCUACAUGGAGGAGAUGUGCAAUGUGGAGCUGGUGGACGGGGACGAGGGACGCAUGUGUGUCAACAUGGAGUGGGGCGCCUUCGGGGACAACGGCUGCCUGGAUGACGUGAGGACCCCCUUUGACUGCGCCGUGGACGAGCUGUCACAAAACCCGGGCAAGCAGAGGUUUGAGAAGAUGAUCAGUGGGAUGUAUCUGGGAGAGAUUGUGCGCAACAUUCUGAUUGAUUUCACGAAGAGAGGGCUGCUCUUCAGGGGCAGGAUUUCGGAGAGGCUGAAGACUCGAGGAAUCUUCGAGACCAAGUUCCUGUCCCAGAUAGAGAGUGACCGUCUGGCCUUGAGGCAGGUGCGUUCCAUCCUGCAACACCUGGGUCUGGAGAGCACGUGUGACGACAGCAUCAUCGUGAAGGAGGUGUGCACGGCCGUGGCUCGCCGUGGCGCGCAGCUCUGCGGGGCAGGGCUGGCUGCUGUGGUGGAUAAGAUCCGGGAGAACCGUGGCCUGGACUCUCUGCGUGUCACCGUGGGGGUGGACGGCACUCUCUACAAGCUACACCCCCAUUUCUCUAACGUGCUGCACGAGACCGUGAGGGACCUGGCCCCAAAGUGCACCGUCUCAUUCCUCCAAUCAGAAGACGGCAGCGGGAAAGGGGCCGCGCUUAUCACGGCGGUGGCCUGUAGGAUCCGGGAGGCGGGGCAGCACAGAACCUCUGCACCAAUCAGAGAGCAGACAGGCGUGAGAGGGACUGGAAGAGAGACGCACCCACAGAGAUUUGCACAACUCGACAUUCCCCAGCCUCUGAAACCACCCUCCCAGCGCUAUGAAACCAUCCUCUUCCUGGAGCUGCAAAUGCCAACUCGGCGCCUCACAUGAUAAUUGCAAUGCCAGCGGAAUUGUUCUGGAGGAGUUGUGUUAUUUUGUUCAAUUAAAAUGACGCUGCAGCGAUUCCAGUUGCGCUAAAGUAACAAACAACUACAUGUUUGCUCCAUUUUAUUCUAAAUAAGCCAGCAACAGUCCUUCGGAUGAGACGGAAAACAACCGAGGUCCUAUUCGAAGUGACGGUUGUUGAUGAAGCAGAGUUCACCCCCCUACUCUCUCAGUCGCUUUGGAUAAAGGCGUCUGCUAAAUGCAUAU